GAGGGAGUACCACAGGCUCGACGAACGAGACAAGUGUGCUGGGGUCAUCGUCACCAUCGUAUGCUUUACUUUGCACAUUAUAUAAAAUGCCGAUGGCCCCCCGCUCCGAUUCCAAAGCUUAGCGGAGAAGAGUUCGCACUCGAUCUCGUCGCCGUCGCUCGUGCCUCCCUGCUCCAUCCGCUCUUCGAGAGAGGAUCACGUGCCAAUGCCGUCGAAUCUCCAGGAACACCGCGCUCGAAGGCCAGGUUUCGUCCAAUGGGCCUUCUUCUUCGGAUUUCAUUGAUUUUGAGCUCCUUUUGCCCGGCGGAAUCGCGCUUUAUGUCGUGCUUGAGAUGAUGUCCUUCGUGGGUCGGAGAGUUUAGCUCGAGUUCUGAGCUCCCUUUUUUGUGAUUUUUCUCUUUGGCCAUGGAUUGGUGGAGUUGUGUGUGGUGGGGACAGAGGAGUCCGCCGAUUGUUGUGAAGGUGUCGUGCCUCUUGUUGGCUUGCAUUUUGUUGGUCGUGUGGUCGGGCUCUCCUUCGGAACUGGCUGUUCCGAAGGCCAGGCAUGUGUUCAACAACCUCAAUGGCGAUCAGCACGCUUGCAGGGCCUUGCACAAUUUAGAGGACUACGAGGCCAAGUGCCGGUAUGUGAAGUCGAAGAACCCAUGUUCCUCGCAGGGCUAUAUCAAUUAUCUGUACAUUUUCUACUGUACGCUCUCGGAUUCGCCGGUACUGGGUUACAGUUUCUUGAUACUGUGGCUAGUUGUGCUGUUUUACUUACUGGGGAACACGGCUUCUGAGUACUUUUGCUCCUCCCUUGAGAGCUUGUCUAGGCUUUUAAAGUUGUCCCCGACGAUGGCCGGAGUUACUCUGCUUUCGCUCGGCAACGGUGCGCCGGAUGUCUUUGCUAGCCUCGUCUCCUUCACGGGUAGUGGGACUCAGAGCGUUGGGCUCAACACGGUGUUAGGGGGCACUUCUUUUGUGACCUGCGUCGUCGUGGGGAUCAUAAGCUUUCUUGUGCACAAAAGACACGCUCGUCUGAACAAGUCUGCAUUCGUUAGGGACGUUUGCUUUCUUAUGCUGGUUCUAUUAUUCUUGCUCGUGAUCUUAAUCAACGGGGAGAUCAAUCUAUGGGGUGCAUUGGGUUUCCUGUUGACGUAUGUCGUGUAUGUGGUCAUUGUCUAUGUUUCUCAUGCCCGCUGGCAGAAGAAUUCUGACAUUGGCGGCAAUUCGUCUUUGAAUAAUGGAAGUGAUGAUUUGAAGAUCCUGAUUUUACAUGGCUCGGGAAAAGAACAACUUGCUUGUGUCGAGGAAACUCUAGAAGGUGGGUGUAAAUUGGAACUUGGAAGUUCUUUGGACUGUCAACCAUUGGGUUUAUGUCGCCUGUUGCUCCUUAUUCUAGAGUUCCCUCUUUAUCUGCCUAGGAGAUUGACAAUACCUGUUGCUAGUGAAGAGAGAUGGUCCAAGCCUUAUGCAGUUGCUUCCGUCACUUUAGCUCCUGUUCUCUUGACUGCCCUUUGGAGCUUUCAAGAAGAAAAUGCCUCUGUCAAUGCUAGGCUAGCAGUCUAUGGGGUCGGAUUUCUGAUUGCAGUUUCUCUGGGAGUCGUUGCAUUUUGCACUACCAAGUCAUCAAACCCACCAAAGCACUGUCUGUUCCCUUGGCUUGCUGGAGGCUUUGUGAUGAGCAUAACUUGGAGUUACAUUAUAGCACAAGAAUUGGUGGGUCUGCUUGUUUCACUUGGAUAUAUAGUCGGGGUGAGCCCUUCUAUAUUAGGAUUGACUGUCCUGGCUUGGGGCAACUCACUUGGAGAUCUGAUGACCAAUGCAACAAUGGCUGUGAAUGGUGGAACCGAGGGGAUGCAGGUUGCGUUGUCCGGAUGUUAUGCUGGACCUAUCUUCAACAUGGUAUUUGGCUUGGGGUUGUCUCUCGUUGGCGCUUCCUGGCAUAAUUAUCCAGCAUCUGUUGUCAUCCCCAGAGAUUCACAUCUUCUGGAAACUCAGGGCUUUGUGGUGGCCGGGUUGGUUUGGGCACUUGUGGUUCUGCCUAGAAGGGAUAUGAAGCUUGACAGGGUCCUUGGUGGCGGUCUGCUAAUUGUGUAUAUAGUUGGUUUAUCUCUUAGGGUGAUACAAACGGUUGUAACUCUUUAAGUCUACUGUUUUUUAUUUCCACUCUUGUGCAUUCAAUCCUGAGCCCAUUACUAGAUUGAGUUCCAAGUAGUUAUGUGUAGAAAGCAAUUUGCCUGUAUUUUUAGAAAUAUGUGAAUACACAGAGUGACCAUCUUUU